UGCUAUGGUGUAUUAAUACACUGAAUGUGAGGAGGAGAAUUCGUUGGGUUCAAAGCAGCCAAGAAACGUCGCUUUUAGUAUAUCGUCUGGGUUGUAUUUUUAAUCUUAGAUUAUAUUGAUAACAUAUGUAAGCAACAUGAAAAGGAUUUUAGCAUUAUUGCCAUCAGCUUCUCGAUGAUUCGUGAAUACCAUUGAAAGAAACUCCAGGGUUUGGCUAGCGUGCUAAACAUUAGCAAUUUGGCUCUCAGGAAGAAAGGAAAUCGAUAGCGGAAGUACCCGGAUUAUAAAUUCCCGAUUUAGAAGGUGAAGGUGUCUUAUAACAAGUAUACAAAGGGAGACGACUCCUCUUGAGCUCAUUCCUUCCAUAAAAUUGCACAUGGUACUGUCAAGUUUUUAUUUGCAGAAGUGGGACGGAAUGGAUGGUCUUGAGGAAGCAGCCACUGAGAGGAUUCUACUAGAACCAUACAGAUACCUACUGCAGCUGCCAGGAAAACAAAUCAGAUCUAAACUGUCCCAAGCGUUCAACCACUGGCUCAACGUACCUGAGGAGAAACUUCAGGUGAUCAUUGAGGUGACUGAGAUGCUUCAUAAUGCCAGCCUGUUGAUCGAUGACAUCGAGGACAGCUCCAAACUGCGGCGUGGCUUUCCCGUGGCUCACAGCAUCUAUGGCGUGCCCUCCGUCAUCAACUCUGCGAACUAUGUCUAUUUCCUUGGCCUGGAAAAGGUGCUGACACUGGAACACCCUGAGGCGGUGCACGUUUUCACCCGCCAGCUGCUGGAGCUGCACCGUGGCCAAGGCCUAGACAUACACUGGCGCGACACAUACACCUGCCCCACUGAGACCGAGUACCGCAGAAUGGUGCUGCGGAAGACAGGCGGCCUGUUUGGCCUGGCCGUGGGCCUCAUGCAGCUCUUCUCCAACUGGAAGUGUGACCUGAAGCCCCUGUUGGAUACGCUGGGCCUUUUCUUCCAGAUCCGCGAUGACUAUGCCAACCUGAGCUCGCGUGAGUAUAGUGCCAACAAGAGUUUCUGCGAGGACUUGACCGAAGGCAAGUUCUCCUUCCCCACUAUUCAUGCAAUUUGGUCACAGCCCGAGAGCACUCAGGUGCAGAACAUUCUACGCCAGCGUACUGAGAAUAUAGACAUCAAGCACUACUGUGUAGACUACCUGGAGAAGGUGGGCUCCUUUGCAUACACCAAGCAGACUCUUAGAGAUUUGGAGGCUGAGGCCUACCAGCUGAUUGCAGACCUCGGGGGCAAUCCAGAACUGGAAGGACUGAUAGAACAUCUCAGCCGCAUGUACAAGGAACCAGAGUUUGCAGCCUCUACGUUAGACACCAAACUAAAGCAGUGACCAAGGACAGCUGCAGGUGGCCUGUGUGUAGCUAAGUGUCUGUAUCUUACAGCUGUAGCUAAAUUUGUUUUUGAGCGAUUGUUCUUUAGGCAACACACUGACCACUAAGCAUUUGGUUUUGCUUAACCAGAUUCGAGAAUUGUACCAAACUAAUUUUUUAUUUUUAUUUUAAGAAUUGACAAAUCUCACCCUGCAAACCUUGUUCUCCCAGUUGGCUGAAUAUUCUUCCUACAAAGAGGUCAGUAGUGAACAGUAGAGAGACAUUCUGCAUACCAGUCUGAGCUCUUCAAGGUGUAGUGUAAGGAAAAUAUAAAAGCACACCUAAAUACAUUAAUACUUUAGCAAGAUUUUUCUGAGGCAUUAGAGCUUGUCUAUAUACUGAAUAAAUAAAUAUUUAUUUGCUUACUCGGAUGUAAAUAAAUAAACCCGAUGCCUUCUCUCACCAGAUGCUCAAAAGCAAGAAAUGUCAAAAACUGAAAAAUGCCUGUAUGGUAUUAUUGUCCAAAUAUUUGUGUGUACUUUUUGUUACAUUUGCACUCCAAAGACUAACAUGAAAUCUAACUUGAAAUAAAGAUUGGUGUCAUGCACUUAA